AUGUAUUUAACCACCACGCUUGCGUCUCUACCCGCUACUUCUUCGAAUUUCUCUUCAUUACAAACCAUAAAUUUACAGCGAAAACCGUUACCGCCUCUACCAAAUAAUUUACAACAAACUGAUCAAUUUUCUUCUCAAAAAUCUACUUCAAUGCAAUUUUAUUCUCAAAACAAUGUUACUACAACAACUACUACUACAUCAACGACAAUAAUACAUGAUUCUUCGUCGUUAGAACAGGCCCUUCCAGAACGCGUUUCGGAUUUCGCAGCUCAUAUGACUUGUUUCUUGUGGUUUGGUGAUUAUAUCAUGGAUUCUUCUUCGAUAAUACCUCCCCCAGGUGGGAAUGGUCAUAGAAGGUUUCCUGAUUUUAAACCUAGAGACGCGUUCAAGAAAUUUUGUCGUGAUGUUAUUUCGGCCACUCAAGUCUCGCGAUCGGUCAUUCACUUAUCGUUAUUAUAUAUUCAUAGAAUGAAGAUAAAUAAUCCUGCGAUUAAAGGUCAAAAUGGUUCUGAAUAUAGAACUUUUACUGUGGCUUUAAUGUUGGCAAAUAAAUUUUUGGACGACAAUACUUAUACCAAUAAAACAUGGUCUGAAGUAACUAAUAUACCUGUAUCUGAGAUAAAUACUAUGGAAAUGGAAUUUUUGGGUUCUUUGAAUUAUCAAUUAUAUGUUUCAGAGAAACAAUAUUUUGAUUGGGUUCAAAAUUUAUCUAAUUACUUUCGAAUUGGUGAAAAUAACCUUCAUGACGAUGAUAAUUCUUCUCCUGAUGCCGAGCAAGCUUUUGUAGAUGGAAUGAUGGUUUCACCUCCAAAAAGAGCUAAUGUUUAUCCUGUAUAUUCAGUUCAACCAUCUCAACAACAAUCUCAACAAGUUUAUGCUCAAACUAUAGCAUAUCCGACUCCUCCAUCCAGUGCUUCAAGUUCUCGACGAGUUUCCGCCUAUUACAAUAUACCGACAACUUCUUCAAAUUCUUCUAACAUGGUAUAUUCCAGUCAUUCAUCGCAACAAUCAUAUGAAGUUAGACAAACUUAUACCAAUGUUACUGUUAGAAAUACUCAACCUCAAUAUACCGUUAUGGAUCCAGUUGGUGUGUUCUAUGCAACAAGGCGUGUUCAAUCUAAUCUUAUCAAUGCUCGGUCUGCUUCUUCAGGUUUCCCGGUAAAUAAUAUAUCAUUUACAACAACCGUAGUAUGA